AUGAGGGAUCUGAACGCCAAGGUUGGGAGUGAUAACACCGGAUAUGAGAGGACAAUGGGUGUGCAUUGGCAUGGAACACAGAAUGACAAUGAUGGAGAGAGACUAUGCGAGUUUUGUCAACUGAAUGGGAUGGUGAUAACAGGUAAAUUAUUCCCCUACAAAAACAUCCAUAAGGCAACAUGGGUGUCAGCAGAUGGACGAGUAAAGAACCAAAUCGACCAACUCUUGAUCAGCGGGCAGUGGAGAUCCUCCAUACUGGGUACGAGGGUUGUAGAUACCAACAGCAUCCACUACCUGGUGAGGACCAGCAUCAAAGUACGCCUUCAGUCACAAAGAAACAAGAAAAAGAUUAAGCUAAAUAUCAAUGUUGACCGACUGAAGGACGGGGAAACCAAGCGAAAAUUCUGUGAGUCAGUGAGGAGUAAGCUUGAGGAGAAUAGGACUGAGACUGAGGAUAUAGAGGAGAUAUGGGAACAACAAAGGAGUGCCUAUACCAACGCGGCAGAGGAAGUGCUUGGGUUCAGGAAAGGGAAGAGCAAGCCAUGGAUAAGCGACAACACCUGGAAACUGAUCGAUGAGAGGAAAGACAUUAAGAUCAGGACUGACAGAGAGGGUCAAGAACAGAAUGAAGGAGGAAUACAGGGAGAAAGACAGAGAGGUGAAGAGAAGCUUGAGGGAAGACAAGAGGAGAUGGAUGACGGAGAAAGCACAGAGAUCUUAGGCAGCAACAGAGAAAGGGCGACAGAAAAAACUCUACAGCAUAGUGAAACAGCUGACAGGACACAGCACCAGGCAAGCAGCUGCGGUGAAGAGAAAUGA